GUUUGGUGACGUAAAAGUGUCGGGACACGCGCAGAUCUCGUCGGGAUUCGUUCGGCCGAUCCCCUCUCAGUCGUUUCGGGUGCUCCAUGUUUCUCGUUUCACAGUGCGGACCUGAGAACUGCACAAAGCGCAAUGUAUGUGCGCCAUUGCUGUGGAGAAGAGCUACGAAAAGUUCUAUCAAAGUAUAUUCGGUUUUCACGUUACAAACCGACUUUAAAUGCAGAAUAACGUAACAGAAUUAACACAGAGAUUGCUACGUUCACUGGACAGUAAUUAUAAUGUCGUCGAUAUGCCCGCAGUCAUUGAAAUCAUAUCCCUCUUGGAAAAAGUGGCUAUUACCAAAGAAUUACUGGAGACCACCAGAUUGGGCAAAUACAUAAACGAACUGAGAAGAAAAACCACAAAUGACUCUUUAUCAAAACGGGCCAAAGAGCUGGUGAAAAAAUGGAGGAACGCCGUCCUGCCGGAAUCCAACGGUCAGCUGAAACAGAGCCCCCCUUUGCCUUCGACCUUACUGCUGAGCCAAGAAGACGUCAACUUGAACCAAAUUAAGACGAAGAAGCGGCCCCCUAAGGACUCUGUAGACAAUAUAAAUCCCAAACGGAUCAAAUUGAAUGGAGGUAUAUCGGAGCUGGAUUUUUCCGACAAUUCCAAUUCGAGUUUCAAAGAUGUGAUAGCUACAGCGAAAACGGAACCAAAACGAGAUGUGAUCAUUAUUAAUUCAGAUUCAAAUUCUAGCAUGCCCGAAAAACACGACCCGCCCUUAGAUCAACAAAUGCCGAAGAAGAGGGGACGGAAAAAAGGCUCGAAAAACCACAAGAAUCUUAUAGACGAAGCUGAGAGUUCGUUUACGAGCAAAAUGGCCGUCUCUAGGGGCAAUCUCAAGGUUAAAACUACUCAAGAACUGGUGGCUAGUCUUCAAAAGAACUCCAGUUCGAUGCUGAAUUCAGUGGUUAAGUCCAAAGAGGAUCUUAAUGAGAAAGCAGCUAAGCUAACUGAAAGGGUUUCCAUAAUUGACCAGCAGCUGAAUACGAAUGCUAAUAGGAACAAGAAUUCUCAACGGAGCAAAUUCAAGCUGGAGAAGACCGAGAGGGUCAUUGAAUCAGGAUCUGUGAUUAACGAUAAGAGCCUUUUAGUACAGGAAUCUCCCGUCAAGAAGGAAGAAGAUGAAGACGUGAUUGUCGAUAAUGAUGAAGAGGAGGACGAGGAUGAGGACGAUGAUGAUGCGGACAAGAAAUCUAAAGAGGAGAAUCAAGAGACUGAAAAUUCCAAUUUUAUAACUGCGCUGAGCGUGGAAGAUGCCUUGGCUCAACUUCCUCCUAUUGACAAGUCUGUUCUCUUUGAAGAUGAUGUUGUGCAGUGCACAUGCAUCUUAAAAGAGAACAAAUCGGAUUUCUCGGUAGCAGAGGAGGAAGCCGACAUUGAUUUGGAGAAUAGAUUCGAAUUUAUAGAGGAUUAUGACUGCCGCGCCAAGUCCCAUUUGAGCGAGAAGUACCAUCUAGGCCACGUGACGGAUGAGAUGAUUGAGCGUUUACACGACACUUUCGUACCAAAUUUUAAUGGGAAUCACAGCAUGGGGCCAUCGGGAUCGGGGCCGGAAAUGCAAGAGAACGGAUUGUUUGUUAAUGUAGUGCCUAAUGUAAAUAUAGAAAGUAUACCGAAAGAUGUCAAAGACUUUACUGGUGAAAAUUUUAGUAGGUAUAGUUUUUCAGAAAACGUUAAGAAGGAGGUGGAGGAACGGACAGGAGAUGAUGAGGUGCCUGUUAGUGAUAAUAAAUGUUUUAGAGAAUGGCACGAGGUAGUUGAUGCGCCGUCGUACCAAGGCGAAAUUUUAAAAAUUUUGCCCUAUGUUAUUAUCGAUUGAAAAUGCUAGUCCUUUAUUAUUAUUAUUAUUAUUAUUAUUAUUGAAUGAAUAAACUUGAAUUUUUUGGUUGAAUGCUCGAAUGCUAUCUACUUUGUUCUCUCAAGUUCUAUUCCCUCUAAAAAUAGGUAAUUUUCUUCUUUUAUAUCAACUACAUAUUGCAAGAAUGUUCAUUAAAAUGUAUUAACCUGAUAAUCUUUGAUACAUGUUUAGGUCAUUCAGACAAAUCACAUUCUCAUGAUCUGUUAAAGUUUACCAGGCUUAUAAAUUAUAAUGAAUGUUUGUUUUAGAGUAAUGGCGGUUAUUACAACUUUUUGAAUUAAAUUGAUAGCAUUUGUCAUACAAUGUGACCUUCUUGUGGACUACCAUAUUGAAGAAAAUUGUUAGUUUAUUCAAUAAAACUAUAUUUGCAUUAUUUAUCUAAUUUCUGUUUUUCUUUGUACAAGUGCCCAACACACAGUUAUCAUUUUCCAUGUCAAUUUUUAUUGACCAUUUUAUUUAUGGCUGACACACAGUUAAUAUCAUUAUCCAUAUAGAUUUUUUACUUAUUGACCAUUUUUUGUUGUUUCAACAGUGCCUAAAGGUCUGAUUAUGAUAAAGCAUUGCCUAAGUAGGUACUAAUCUAAAAUGUCAGUACUUUACUGUAAAGUAGUUUCUACCCAUUGGCAACGUUAUUAUUUUUAUAAUAUCAGUGAUAUCAAAUUUACGAUUGUCAUAAAUGAAACAUUUGACAUUAGAAACCAAAUACAAGAAAACUUGACAUUUUUGCCCAAGUAUUAUAAAUAGUGAUUCACAAAAACAAUUUCGUAAAGUAGUCUAUGACCGACAAAGCUAGAGAUACGAGCCAUGUCUGUGAUAACUAUGCAAGGCUGAUUAAAUCUAAACUGACAUUAAACAAAAAAAAAAGAUGUAUGUGAACUUUUUGAAGACCUACUUUAGAAACAUUUUUUGUGGAUCACACCAUUCUGAAAAGCCAAAGUUCCUAUGUAUACCUAGCCUUUUUUAAAACAAUCUCAAAAAUUAUAUUAGGUUUGUUCCUACAGCAGUACAGAGCAGAGUUUUUAGAAUCUGGCACAUAUGCAAUUUCAAAUCUACUUUUGUUUCUAUUUUCCUUAGACUAGGAAAGAGAGGGGACUCGUAACUCCAAUAUGCGAUCGUUUGACGUCAUACAGAAUAUCUGACGUAACUGGAAAUUAAUUAAAUUAACAUUGUCUUUGUUUUAAUAACCCAAACAGAGGAAAUCUAAACCAGACAAUUAGUAAUAAAAAUAUAUAACUAAUUGUGUGUUAUGCCACUAAACUUUAC